AGAGGGAGAGAGAAUGAGAAAGGGAGAGAGGGGUGACAGGGAAGAUGGUAAGGUCUACUCUUUGAGAAACUGUGACACCCCUGAGGACAGAACGAUCUCAGUGUGUGUCUCAGAGUCCCCACAAAGGGCCCCCUAUAGGGGAAGUGGAGGGGGAAGGGAUUGGAUUUGUGAUGCCCCUCAAAGGGCCCAUAAGGAGGUGAAGAGGCAGGGGAGGGGAGGAGGACGAGGUGGGAGGAGCGAGAGGGGAGGAGGAAAGAGUGGGAGGGAAGGAGGAAGGGUCGGGAGGGAGACUGACAGGGAGGAAGACACCGGACAGAUAGUAUCUGAGAUUAAGGUAUGUAUGAGCAGUAGCAGCAGCUCAGAGACACAGGACUGCAGAGAGGCUGCUAUCAGGCCCAGACCACCAAGGCCAAGGCCCAGGCCUAGAUCCGGGCCCAGUUCCAGCACCCCACAACCUCACCAGACACAAUCCCACACCCAGACCCGCCCAAAACAGGCCUACCAGACCCACACCUACCUGACAGAGUGCCAUACUGGACCGACAAAAGCCCACCCAGCACAGAACCACCACCUAGAGGCUCAGAGCGACGCCCGACAGAGCCAGCAGACUAAGACACAGGACUGCAGAGACGGUGCCAUCAGUUCUAUACCUAGAUCUGACUUCAUCACACCACACCCUUACCCUCCUCAAACCCCGGCCCAAACGGAGCACAGCCAGGCCCAGCAGACACACACCCAGCCUCCCCAGAUCUGCCCAAAACAGGCCCAUCCGGCAAAGACUCACACCCACCCGACACAGGCCCAGACCCAGGCCCGACAGGUCCUGCCGACACAGGCCCAAAACCACAAGAGACAAGCACCCACCCAUCCGACACAGGCCCAGACACUGCAGCACCACAGAGAAGGUUCCGUCAGGCCCACCUUUGACUGCCCUCCCACUCACCAGACCCAGAUCCAGCAGACUCAGCAUCGCAGAGAGAGUCUCACCACUGAGCCUACACACAGCCAGGAGAGCCAGGCCCAGACCCAGCAGUCAGAGGCCCAGACCCAAGCCUGGCAAAUUCAGGAUCGGAGAGGGAGUCCCAUCACUUCUGACCCCCCUCCCGCCCACCAGACCCAGGCCCAGAACCAUCCUCAGCAGCAAGAGGCCUGGCAGACCAUGCAACACCGUAGAGAGAGCCUUACCAGCCCCAGGCCCGACUCUGACUCCCCACCCAGUAAAGCCCAAAAUGACCAGUUUCAGUCCCAGCAGCACUACAGAGAGAGUCUCCCCAGGUCCCGGCCCACUUCUGCCUCCCCUCCCAGCCACAAGACUCAAAUACAGGACCACACUCCCCACACCCGACAGACACCUCAGCAUCGCAGAGAGAGCACCACCAGUCCCAGGCCCCCCUCUGACUCCCCUCCCCUCCAGGAGAGCCACCAGGCCCACAUCCAGGCCCACUCUUUUCAGACCGAGAACCAGGGCAGACAGACCCAGCAGCAUUGCAGAGAGAACACCACCAGCCCCAUCCCAAGGCCUACUUCUAACUCCACUCCUAGCCUGGAGAGCCAUCCAAGGGCUGUCAAUGUAUCACCAGCUUCACAUCAGAACACAGAGCCACAGAGGGAGUCCCCAGAGGAGAGACAGACAAGGACACAGACACAGAUGCCUCACGAUGUCUCAGAGCAGCAGCCUGGCAGGCCCCAGUGCCCAGAGCCCCGGGCCCUACAGAAGGACAGCAACAACACACCUCAGCCUGAACCAACACAGAACAACGCCUCGUUCCCCAGCUUCGUGGAUGUCCCAGGUCCGUGUGAGCCGGAGGACCUGAUAGAUGGGAUCAUCUUUGCUGCUAACUACCUUGGUUCCACACAGCUGCUGUCUGACAAGAACCCAUCUAAAGGAACACGCAUGGCCCAGGCGCAGGAGGCUGUCAGCCAGGUCAAGAGCCAAGAUGAAGACUCUCAGAUGGUGACAGAAGUUGACCUCUUCAUCUCCACCAAAGCAGUCAAAGUGCUGAAUGCUGACACACAGGAGACGCUGAUGGACAGUGCGUUGCGUUCCAUAUCCUACAUCGCAGACAUCGGGAGCAUCGUGGUUCUGAUGGCUCGUACCCGUAUGGCAGGAACAUCCUCACAGGACUGUACUGAAGCUGAUCUCUCCUCCUCAGAGGGACAGAGACACUACAGAAUGAUCUGCUAUGUCUUUGAGUCAGAAGACGCCCAGCUCAUUGCCCAGUCCAUCGGACAGGCAUUCAGCGUUGCCUACAGGGAGUUCCUCCGAGCCAAUGGGAUCAAUCCUAAGGACCUGAGUCAGAAGCAAUACAGUGACAUCAUCAAUUCCCAGGAAAUGUACAAUGACGACCUGGUCCAUUUCUCAAACUCUGACAACUGUAAAGAGCUGGAGUUGGAGAAGCAGAAGGGUGAGAGCCUAGGUGUGGUGAUAGUGGAGUCUGGCUGGGGCUCCAUCCUGCCUACGAUCCUAGCUAACAUGUUGAACAGCGGCCCAGCUGCCCGCUCUGGGAAGCUCAACGUGGGAGACCAGAUCAUGUCCAUCAACAACACUAGCCUGGUAGGGCUACCACUAGCUACCUGCCAGGGUAUCAUCAAGGGUCUGAAGAGCCAGGUUCAGGUGAAGCUGAGCAUCGUGAGUUGUCCUCCUGUCACCACUGUCCUCAUCAAGAGACCCGACCUCAAGUUCCAGCUGGGCUUCAGUGUUCAGAACGGCAUCAUCUGCAGUCUGAUGCGCGGCGGUAUCGCAGAGCGAGGAGGGGUGCGAGUCGGCCACAGGAUCAUUGAGAUCAAUGGGCAGAGUGUUGUUGCCAUGCCGCAUGAGAAAAUAGUCCAGACCCUGUCUGUAUCAGUGGGAGAGAUCAACAUGAAGACCAUGCCUGCAGUGAUGUUCAGACUGUUAACAGGACAGGAGACUCCUGUUUACAUCUAGUCUCUCCAUGCCUGCUCCCUCAAUGGCACCCUUUUUCCUGUGUAGUGCACUACUUCUAACCAUGGCCCAUAUGGCUGUAGGUUCACUAUGUGAGGAAUAGGGUGGCAUUUGGUACUCGUACUCUCUCACUGCUUCUGCAUGUCUAGGAGAAAGAUGGUGGACAGACAGGAUGGGUGACAGGCAGAGGAGGCUGGUAUUCCAGCCAUUCCAAUGAGCCUGUCCUCCGGUUUAUAGUGACACCAGCCUCCACUGCUGACAGGGUGGUGGUACAUUAGCAACAUUUAUUUUUUAUAUAUCAUUUGAUUUUGGGGGUAAUAUGUUACUAUGCUGAAAAUUUCAACAACAACAACAAAAAUUCAACUUCAGGCUUAGUUGGAGUAGCCUGGAGAACACAUUGUUUGGCGAUGACGCGUAGUACAAUGUUAGCUAAACAGACUGGUACCAGGCUAUAAUUGAACAGCUACACCGUCAUAAUGGUUUGAUGUGUACAGUGCCUGUGUGUGCGUGUGAAUACGUGUGAAUACUGUUAAAAGAACUGUAAAUGCAAGGUCAAUUAUUAUGUUCUUAUGACUAGAUUGCAAACGCACCACAAUUUAUUUCCAAUUUAAUAACAUGCAAGAUUAAACAAUGUAGUGACAUAAAUGUGUUGAUACGGUAACUGAACUUAUUGUAGGGAAGGGGUUGGUCUGUCGUUAUUCUUCAAUAGCAGGGAUAUUUAAGCUACGUCCCGUGUAUACCUAAACAGCAUAAGACAAGGCUUUUCUUCAAUAGCAGGGGUAUUUAAGCUACGUCCCGUGUAUACCUAAACAGCAUAGGACAAGGCUAUUCUUCAAUAGCAGGGGUAUUUAAGCUACGUCCCGUGCAUACCUAAACAGCAUAGGACAAGGCUAUUCUUCAAUAGCAGGGCUAUUGUUGCCUGGUCUGUCAUUGGAGCCUGCCGUGCCAAUGCAUAACUACUACCUUAGGAGUUGGUAAGACAACAACACAGACCGAUCUGGGGACCAGG